UCGUUUGAGAGACCACUUUCAUUUAUUAGAGAGCCUCACUCUCAUUUCUUUCUUCUCCAGAUAUCUCCUCGCCGCACGCAUUCAUCAUCACGGUCAUCAUCACGAGAUAGAGAGAUGGUGAAAAAAGGAAACAUUGUGCAGUACAGGGAGAGGUUGGACAAGAGCCUCGCCUUACCUCAUCUGACAGAUGAACAGAUACUCAAAACCCUUGUCAAAACUCAACUCCAACGUUCUUCUUCAAAAGUGGAAAUUGAAGGAUGUAACGAGAAAUUAGUAGAAACCAAAACCAAGGAGAUAUAUGACUUUCUUAGUAUGUUGAGAAGUGCUUCUGGAGACAAUAGUGCAGGAUCUAGUACAUCACGCUCUGAUUGGAAAGUAAGCUAUCGAUGUCAUGUUUUCUUCACCUUUCAAUUGCUUAUUUAAAUCAUCCCCGGUUGAUUUAUAUCUUGAACCUUUGUAUCUUAUUCACAUGAAAAACAGAGGUUCAACUCUUUCUUUGUAUUCUUGUUUGAAAUUUUACUUCCAUAAUUUAUGUUGACAUUUUAUAUAAACUUUUAUUACAUGAAAUUUAAGGUGAAAUGCUAUACAUAUAUUUUAGUUAUUUUUCCUGAUUGGUGACUUCUUUUCAUAGAAAUCAGGAAUUUACAUCAGGCAUUCUUUUUUACAUAACACUAACCUUAAGUAUUUGAAAAAUAUUAGAGUAAAUCUUACAAAGCAGGUUACUGGAAAUGUCAGAAAAGCAGACAUUUGUGUAACUUCACAAAAUUUCAAUGUGGUCGUGCAAUUUACUAUUGAAUAUUUAAAGGACCAAUUUGAGUAUUUACACUUAACCUUUGUACAUCCAUAUUGAGCUCUUGUGGUUAUUUUAUCUAACUUGACAGACAGUCUAGCACAAAUGCAGUGUUUAUUUUGUAAAUGAAAAUUUACUGUGUGUGAGAGUGAAACUUCCUAGUAGAAGGGUUAGAACUUAGCUUAUCUGAUCUCAGUGGUCUUUUACGUUUUUAAAGNANCCUUUUUGAAUUGAUAUAGUUAGACUGACACUACU